GUUGGAACAUAUUGGUAUCCUCUCUUAAGGAGUGGAGACGUGCCCCUAGCCGAUCAUGCUAUCUAGCGCUCAGCUCAAGGGAUGGUGGCGAGUUGCUGCACCUUUAAGGCAAUGAAGAUGAAAAGCAGCUGCGGAAGAGGAGGCGAGGGGUAUUCCAUAAUGCUCUGAGCCCGUGUAGUUUAGCGCAGGGACCAGUGUGAUUUGUACGGCUGCGGGAAGAUGCGUGUGCUUGUUGCUUGCUGGAUGGAGAGAGGCGGUGAAGAGGGAAUUCGUUUUCAGUACAGCUAACAACUAUUGCCUCCUGCUUGAAAUUUAUUUUUUUCCAAAUACAACUUUAUGCAUUUUUUUUCACUGAAAACUUUUAGUCUCAUUAUUUAUUUAUAGUGUUUUAUUUAUUUUUUAAUUCGAAAUAUUUUAACUUGCUUCUUUAUUUUUUACAUUUGAUUUGGAAAUUCCACCUGUGCACAUUGCACUUGUCCCUAUACUUGUGUCGUAUGCGUCUUCAGCCUCCAGUCUCUGCUCUGACUCAGCAGCACUCACCUGGACCAGGAGCUAAAGAAGGCGAGUCCCGCAUGUACCUUACAGAGAAUCUCGCCCAGACGCGGGGAAGACUGCAUUAAGUGACGGUGUGGCUAUUUCAAAGGAACCGUACUGUUGGAUCUUAGCCUUUACCUUACUACAAUCAGCAGAAGCUCAUACCUCCUUUUCCCAACGUGGAGAGGGAGAGAAAUAGAGAUUUGUGCAGACUAUCGUCUAUUGCAAUUAACAUAUUGAAGAAAUAUAAAGAAUCCCUAAGAACGAAAGUGUGUGCAGUGAAAAGAAGAAAAAGCAUAGCUUGGAUAUUGAACGGAGCGGGGCAUGUGGAUAUUGGCUAUUAUCUUUUUCCAGUGCAUCUUGAAUGUUUUCAGUGAAGAUCUACGUUCCAGCUUAUAUUUUGUCAAUGCAUCUGUGCAAGAGGUAGUGUUUGCCAGCACCACAGGGACCCUGGUGCCCUGUCCCGCUGCCGGUGUGCCCCCCGCCUCACUGCGCUGGUACCUGGCCACCGGAGAGGAGAUCUAUGACGUCCCCGGGAUCCGCCACGUGCACCCUAAUGGCACCCUCCAGAUCUUCCACUUUAACCCCUCAAGCUUCAGCAACCUCAUCCAUGACAACACCUACUAUUGCACAGCGGAAAACCCCUCAGGGAAAAUCAGAAGCCAAGAUGUCCAUAUUAAGGCUGUUUUACGAGAGCCCUACACGGUCCGUGUGGAGGACCAAAAAGCCAUGAGAGGCAAUGUGGCGGUGUUCAAGUGCAUUAUCCCAGUCUCAGUGGAGGCCUACAUCACUGUCGUGUCCUGGGAGAAAGAUACGUUGUCAAUCAACGUCCAGACUCCUCGGUUCCUCAUCACUUCCACAGGAGCCUUGUACAUCCUGGAUGUGCAGAAUGAGGACGGGCUGUAUAACUACAGGUGUAUGACACGCCACCGCUACACGGGAGAGACCAGGCAGAGCAACAGCGCGCGCCUCUUUGUGUCGGAUCCCACCAACUCAGCGCCGGCCAUCCUGGAUGGCUUUGAGCGUCGCGAAGUAAUGGCAUCCCACCGGGUGGAGCUGCCAUGCAAGGCAUCUGGUCACCCAGCCCCCAAGUACCGCUGGCUGAAAGACAACCGACCGCUGGAGCCGGAUAGUCGCUUCAGACAAAGUGUAACAGGGCUGCUGAUCGAGAGGGCCCAGCCCGGCGACACCGGGAGCUACGUGUGUGAGGUGUGGAACAGUUAUGGCAACGCAGAGGUGGUGGGAAGGCUGCAGGUUAAAGAGCCUCUGAAGGCAGUGGUCAGCCCUAGAAAGGUGAAAGGCAGCGUGGGUAGCCAGGUAUCUCUGUCAUGCAGCGUGAGUGGUUCAGAAGAGUAUGAGCUUUCCUGGUACCGGAAUGGGGAGAUCAUCUACCCCGGGAACAGCGUCCGCAUGACAGGCAACAACCGGGAGAACCUGGUAAUGGCUGGAAUGGCUAAGAGUGAUGGAGGAGCCUACCAGUGCUUUGCCCGGAAUGGCAAGAUGUCUGCCCAGGACUUUGUUCAGGUCAUCCUGGAAGACGGCACACCCAAGAUAAUCUCCUCCUUCAGCGAGAAGGUGUUUGGGACCAACGAGUUUGUUUCACUGUUCUGCACGGUCAAAGGCACACCAGAGCCUCGAGUGACAUGGACCCUGGAUGACGAGCCAGUGGUCAGAACCUCUCGCCACCGCAUCGGCCACUACACCAACCAAGAAGGUCAUGUGGUCAGCCAUCUGAACAUCAGCCAGACCACAGGCCCGGACGGGGGGGUCUACCGGUGCAUCUGCAACAAUUCGGCCGGGGCAGUCUCCUACCAGGCGCGAAUAAACGUAAGAGGGCCUGCCAGCAUACGACCAAUGAAAAACCUCACCGCCAUUGCUGGGCGGGACAUGUACAUCCACUGCCGCGUCAUUGGCUACCCAUAUUACUCCAUCAAGUGGCACAAGGACGCCAACCUGCUCCCUUAUAACCACCGGCAGCGGGCAUUUGAGAACAACGGCACACUGAAGCUGUAUGAUGUACAAAAGGAUGUGGAUGAGGGAGAGUACACAUGCAGUGUGCUGGUCUCACCUUCUCUCUCCACCAGCCAAAGUGUACACGUUAGUGUAAAAGUUCCUCCAACCAUCCAUCCCUUCGAGUUCCCUCGCUUCUCCAUCGGCCAGCGUGUCUUUAUUCCAUGUGUGGUAAUGUCAGGUGACCAGCCUGUCGUCAUCACCUGGCAGAAAGACGGUCGGCCAAUCCCAGCCAGCCUAGGCGUAACCAUCGACAACAUAGAUUUCACCAGCUCCCUGCGCAUCUCCAACCUGUCUCUCCUACACAAUGGCAAUUACACCUGCAUUGCUCGCAACCUGGCCGCCACAGUGGAACACCAGAGUCAGCUCAUUGUAAGGGUUGGAGUGGAUUCAAAUCAACUCACCUCUAGGCCUAUGUUGGUUCCUCCCAAGUUUGUUGUGCAGCCAAAAGACCAAGAUGGCAUCUAUGGCAAAGCUGUGAUCCUCAACUGCUCAGCAGAGGGUUACCCUGUCCCUACCAUUGUGUGGAAAUACUCCAAAGGUGCGGGGGUUCCCCAAUUUCAGCCUAUAGCCUUGAACUCUGGCUUUCGGAUCCAGGUUCUGGUGAAUGGCUCUCUACUCAUCAAACAUGUCCUGGAGGAAGACAGCGGCUACUAUCUUUGUAAGGUCAGCAACGACGUGGGAGCUGACGUGAGCAAGUCCAUGUACCUCAACGUCAAAAUCCCGGCCAUGAUCACGUCAUACCCCAACACCACACUGGCCACACAGGGCAGUGAGAAGAAAAUGAGCUGCACUGCCCAUGGGGAGAAGCCCAUCAUGGUACGCUGGGAGAAGGAGGAGCGUAUCAUCAACCCCGAAAGCAGUCACCGCUACGUGGUCACUGUCAAAGAGGUGGCUGAAGAGGUCAUCUCCACGCUGCAGAUCCGCCCUACAGUAAGAGAAGACUCUGGCUUCUUCUCCUGCCACGCCAUCAACUCCUAUGGUGAAGACAGAGGAAUCAUUCAGCUCACAGUGCAAGAGCCCCCAGACCCACCUGAGGUUGAAAUCAGAGAGGUGAAGGACCGGACCAUCGCUCUCCGCUGGACCAUGGGCUUCGAUGGAAACAGCCCAAUCACAGGCUUUGACAUAGAGUGCAAGAACAAAUCAGGCUCCUGGGAAACGGCCCAGAGGACCAAAGACGUGUCUCCACAGCUGAACCAGGCCACCAUCAUAGACCUGCACCCCUCUUCCACCUACAACAUCCGCAUGUUUGCCAAGAACCACAUUGGCAAGAGUGAGGCCAGCAACGAACUCACCAUCACCACAGAUGAAGCAGCUCCUGAUGGUCCCCCACAAGAUGUGAAGCUUGACCCUUUAUCCUCUCAGAGCAUCCGAGUCUCCUGGAGGGCCCCUAAGAAACCCCUGCAAAACGGGGCAAUCCGGGGCUACCAGGUGGGCUACAGGGAGUUCAGCGCCGGUGGAAACUACCAGUUCAACGUCAUCACCAUGGAGACGACAGGGGAAAAUGACCACAGCGAGAGCAUCACCCUGGACAACUUGAAGAAGUUCACUCAGUAUGGCGUGGUGGUACAGGCCAGCAACAGCGCCGGGACAGGACCCUCAUCCCAGGAAGUAAUCACCACCACACUGGAAGAUGUUCCAAGCCGGCCUCCAGAGAACGUCCAGGCCACUGCAGCGUCCCCAGAAAUAAUCUCUUUAUCCUGGCUCACCCCUCCUAAAGACGCCCUCAACGGCAUUCUGCUCGGCUUCAGGGUCAUCUACUGGGCCAACCUGCCUGACGGAGAGCUGGGAGAAAUCCGUAAUGUGACCACUUCCAAGCCGUCUCUGGAGCUGGAUGGUCUGGAGAAGUACACCAACUACAGCAUCCAGGUGCUGGCCUUCACCCGGGCUGGGGACGGGGUGCGCAGCGAGCAGAUCUUCACCCGCACCAAGGAGGACGUACCUGGCCCUCCGGCUGGGGUGAAGGCCGCGGCGGCGUCUAAUUCAGUGGUUUUUGUGUCGUGGCUCCCUCCUCUCAAACUCAAUGGCGUUAUCCGCAAAUACACUGUCUUCUGCUCUAACCCGCACCCCACGGUGAGCAGUGAGUUUGAGGCGGCCCCAGACGUCUUCUUCUACCGAAUUCCCAACCUGAGCAGGAACCGGCAGUACAGCAUCUGGGUGGUGGCCGUCACUGCAGCCGGCCGCGGCAACGCCAGUGACAUCAUCACCGUCAAGCCUCUGGCUGAGGCUCCUGCUCAGAUCCUGACAUUCAAUGGUACAGUUACCACUCCCUGGAUGAGGGACAUCAUCCUGCCUUGUAAGGCAGUAGGUGACCCAGCCCCCACAAUCAAGUGGCUCAAGGAGACCAACGGAAGCCCAGCACCUGCUGUUAUUGACAGUAGACGCAUCGUCCAGGGAAAUGGUAGCCUGGUCAUCCGCACAGUGAAAGCCGAGGAUUCUGGAAACUACACAUGUGUGGCCAGCAACAGUUUUGGGCCAGAUAAAAUCAUCCUGAACCUCCAGGUUCAAGUUCCCCCGGAUCAGCCUCGUCUCACCGUUACCAAGACGACCACCACGUCUAUCACUCUGUCCUGGAUACCUGGAGACAAUGGAGGCAGCUCCAUCAGAGGCUACAUCCUGCAGUACUCAGAGGACAACAGUGAGCAGUGGGGCAAUUUUGCCAUCAGUCCUAGCGAGCGCUCCUAUCGACUGGAGAACCUAAAGUGUGGCACCUGGUACAAGUUCACACUAACAGCCCAGAAUGCAGUGGGGCCUGGGCGCAUCAGUGAGAUCAUUGAAGCCAAGACUCAUGGGAAAGAACCUCAGUACUCUAAAGAUCAGGAGCUAUUUACCAGUAUCAACGCCACACGUGUCAGGCUCAACCUCAUUGGAUGGAACAACGGCGGCUGUCCAAUCACAUCUUUCACAUUAGAGUAUCGUCCGGUGGAGUCCCCCACAUGGACCACGGCCCAACGCACGUCCUUGACCAAGAGCUACAUCCUUUAUGACUUGGCCGAGGCCACCUGGUAUGAACUGCAGAUGAAGGUGUUCAACAGCGCCGGCUCGGCAGAAAAAAGGGUCAAGUUUGCAACGCUCAGCUAUGACGGCAGUACAAUCGCUCCUCUGGUGAAGGCUCCAACUGUGAGCGCAGGCAGUACGUCCAGCAACGAGGGUCUGAAGAUGGUGACUAUCAUAUCCUGUGUGCUGGUGGGCAUCAUCCUGGUUUUUGUGCUGCUACUGGUGCUGAGGAGGAGGAGGAGGGAACAAAGACUCAAGAGGCUCAGAGAUGCUAAAAGUUUGGCCGAGAUGCUUAUGAGCAAAAACACGCGACCUGCAGACACCAUCAACAAGCAGCAACAGACACUGAGAAUGCACAUUGACAUCCCUCGAGCCCAGCUGCUCAUAGAGGAGAGAGACACCAUGGAGACAGUGGACGACAGGUCCACAGUGCUGCUGACGGACAAUGACUUUGGGGAGACCCAGAAACAGAAAUCGUCUACGGUUACCCACACUGUUCACUACCAGUCCCUGUCCCAGGCCACUGGACCUCUAGUGGAUGUAUCUGAUGCCAGGCCAGGAACCAGUAAGUCCAAUCCCACAGCUCGCCGCACAGCCAAAGCAGGUCCUGCUGCGCGCAACCGCUAUGCUAGCCAGUGGACCCUGAACCGACCACACCCGCCAGUCUCGGCCCACACCCUGAGCACUGACUGGAGACUGCCCACACCACGGGUGGCUGGCUCUGUGGACAAGGAGAGUGACAGCUACAGUGUCAGCCCAUCUCAGGACACAGACCGGGCGCGUAGCAGCAUGGUGUCCACAGAGAGCGCCUCGUCCACCUACGAGGAGCUGGCACGGGCCUAUGAACAUGCCAAAAUGGAGGAGCAGCUGAGACACGCCAAGUUCACCAUCACAGAGUGCUUCAUCUCGGACACAUCGUCUGAACAGAUGACGGCAGGCACCAAUGACUACACAGACAGUCUGACGUCCAGCACGCCCUCCGAGUCAGGCAUCUGCCGGUUCACCGCCUCCCCACCCAAGCCUCAGGACGUCAGCCGAGUCAUGAACAUGGCCGUGCCUAAGGCUCAUAGACCGGGAGGUGAGCUGGUCCACCUGCCUCCUUACCUGCGCAUGGACUUCCUGCUGAACCGUGGCAUGUCAUGCUCAGGCACUGGAGGGAGGGGUGGCACCGGGGGGGAGGGGGCCAUGGGCCAGGCAUGCCUAGAGCCCCAGAAGAGUCGUUCCCUGAAGCGGCCGUCACGGAUGGCGCCUCCAACACCCACGGAGGCCCCUCAGGCCAGCAGCAGGGCCAGCAGCAGGGACCCAGUGGCCCAAUGGCAGCCUGGCUCAGCAGCCACCCUGCCUCACAGAGAGGGCUCAGAGUUGGCCCAGGCCGCCAAGCUCAGCACCUCCCAGGAGUCCCUGCUGGACUCACGAGGACACCUCAAACAGACCAACAACCCCUACGCAAAGUCCUACACGCUGGUAUAACACUAGGGGCUUGGGGCUGGACUAAAACCUACACUAACACUGGACUUAUAACACAAGUGCAGUAAACUGACUCUCACCACACAGUCCUGUAUAUAAUGUCCCCUUUCUUCUUAAAGGAGGGGUAACUUUUACUAAUCUCCUUUUAUUUAUUUUGAAGCUUUCUUUGUUUUUUAAACUUGUGAGAUAACUCACUUAUCUGAAAUGACUCCACGUGGAGCUUGCCAAACUAAUUACAUUAUGAGGGAACAUUAUUUAUUCUUUGAUUAGUAUGUUAAUCAUUAAUUAUUAAUCAGUGAUUUUUUGUUGUUAGUUGUCAACUAUUAAUGAUUAUUAAUUAUUGAUUACAGAUGAUCAAUUAUUACCAUAAAUACACUUUUGAAUAAGAACCUGGACAAUUUUUUUUCUGGAGUGUGAGACAGUAAUUUGGAGCCUGUGUUUUUUUUCUAUGGAAAUAUCCACUAAAACACUGAAUGAAACUUGGGAAAAUCUGGGAAUGAAAGAAAUCGACACCAGUCCAAACUUGUCAGCUGCUCUCAAAUUGUUACUUUUCUGAAGAAAAAAAAUCUAUUUCCUAUGGAUGCAUGGGGACUGACCAAUUAAAGACAAUUUAGAGGAUGAUAACAACUGGACUGCCCAGUUGAGCAUUUUGUCACACUAUGAAAUGAUCCAAUGUGAAGAUUAUUAUUCUUAUUACUAUAAAUAUAUAUAUAUAUAAAAAGAGAAAUCACUUUUAUUUGUGGAUAUUACAGGGAAUAAUUGAUUUGGUUAAUAAAGUCCAUAGUCAUGUUUGCACAUAUCUCAUUUUGAUUAGGAAAUGGAGUCUCUGUUGAUCUUUGUGUCCCAUUCUCUGAUGGUGCAAUAUGAAAAAAUACUAAGAAAAUUGAUACUAUUUGCUCUAUAAUGUACUGUAAUGAGAAAAAACAAUGUUGUGAGUGUACUUACAGGGCUGGACAAACCCCAACUAUGUAUUCAGGUGUAGUUUACCACUGCUAAUUUGCCAGGGUGGUAGAUGAAGUUAGACCAGGGAGGUUCAGGCAUAUAGCGGUUUGUACUUCACAACACUCAAAAAGUGUGUCCAGACAGAAACCCAUUUUCUCAGUGCACUAGGUAGAGUCUAUAAGGCUCUCACUCUCCUCAGUAGAUUUACUAUUGCUGCAUUGCAGCAAUGCUCCUUUACAGGGAAAAAAAACGUGAGACAAUCCAACCCCCCCCCCCCCCCCCAAUCCCUUUCAAACCAAACCUAAAGUAUAUGGGAAAUAUCUAUCUUAAGUGUAGAUGUAACUACACAGUUAUAGUUGUCUACCCUGGCCCAUUUUAAUUUUUUUUUUGUCCUGGAGGGAGAGUUUGAUAAGAAUGCUGUGAGGUCAUUGAAACCAGAUUAAUUGUCUUCAUUAUGAUAUUACUUUAACAAGAUGUCGCUUUUUGUUUUUAGCAUGGUGUUCACCAUGAUGGCACUGGAAUAAAGAGAAACUAACACACAGUACAGAUUUGAUUAAUAAAAAGGCUGUUCCCCAAAUGAUCCUUCACAGUUUGACAUGAAUGACUUCAGAGAGAAAGUGAGCGAGUGAGUGGUGGUGGUGGAUUGAGAGUGGUAGAUUGCUGGGUAGGGUUCUGAAAUGAAUCUUUAAAAGUCUUUGGUGAUCAUCACAUUCCUUUUUAUGUAAGAACACUCGUGAAUCUCCCAAUACUCAAACUCUCCACAUAUGAAAUGUUGGUUAUACUAAUGACAUUGAGGGCUCUGCUUUAGCAAUCCCAACCAAAGUGCAAAGUGGGGGUCUGAAUAACACUUCAGCCCGCCAUAAUGCAACAAAACAUGUUGUGAGAGGGAAUAUCUCUUAUGGUUAUUUAAUUGCUUCGAUUUGUUUGAAAUAUAGUGGUAUUUUUUAUAGUGGUAAAUAAACUUUUUAGCUUAUGUUUUAAUUCUAGAAAUAUUUGUCUUUCGAUAAUAUUCGAUUAAUUAUAUUUAUUUCUUGCACCAUGCAAUCAUUUUUUCAGUUCUUAAUGUCUUUCUGUCAAUCUCAAACCAGUCCCUACUAACUUGCUCAAUUGGCCCUCCAUUGUCUCCUGCCUGUGAUUAAACUCUAAUGGUGA